UCAUGGUGACUAUUCUCCUAUUGGUGGUCUUCUUUGUUGGUUCAUCUCUGAGCCAAGCUACGCUGAUAUGUCAUCCCAGCGACUUAUCUGCGCUCAGAGAAUUCGCAGGAGCGUUGAAGAACAGGUCCGUUACUGAAUCUUGGUUAAAGGAUUCGAGUUGUUGCCAAUGGGAUGGUGUGUUUUGCGAGGGGAGUGAUGUCUCUGGUCGUGUUACAAAGCUGGUUCUGUCUGGAAAGGGCUUGGAAGGUGUGAUCUCGGCUUCUUUAGGCGAGCUGAGUGAGCUGAGAUUGCUUGAUCUCUCUCAUAACCAGCUCAAAGGCGAAUUGCCUGCGGAGGUUUCAAAGUUGCAGCAGCUUCAAGUUCUUGAUUUGAGCCAUAAUUUGUUGUCAGGGUCAGUUUCCGAAGCGGUUUCCGGUUUGAAGCUGAUUCAGUCUCUGAACAUCUCCAGCAACUCGCUGAGUGGGAACCUAUCCGGUCUUGGAGCGUUUCCUGGUCUUGUGAUGCUUAACGUAAGCAACAAUUUGUUCGAAGGGGAGAUUCAUCCUGAGCUAUGCAGCUCAUCUGGUGAGAUUCAGGUUCUUGAUUUAUCGAUGAAUCGUUUGGUUGGGAACCUUGAUGGUUUGUACAACUGCAGCAAAUCUAUUCAGCGGCUUCAUGUCGACAUCAACAGAUUCACAGGUCAGCUUCCGGAUUCUCUUUACUCGUCUCGGGGCUUAGAGCAACUAUCAGUCUCUGGAAACUACUUAUCCGGAGAGUUAAGCGAGAAGCUGAGCAAUCUCUAUGGUCUUAAGUCUCUGUUGAUAUCCGAGAACCGGUUCUCCGGUGUGAUUCCGGAUGUUUUUGGUAAUCUCACUCAGCUGGAACACCUCGACGUAAGCUCCAACAAGUUUUCCGGCGGGUUUCCGACUAGUUUAUCUGAAUGCUCGAAACUGCGUGUUCUUGAUCUUAGGAACAACUCGUUAUCCGGUUCUGUUGAUCUUAACUUCACUAAAUUUCCCGAUCUUUGCGUCCUUGAUCUCGCCAGUAAUCAUUUCUCCGGACUUCUUCCUGAUUCACUUGGCCAUUGCUCCAAGAUGAAGAUCUUGAGUCUGGCGAAAAACGAGUUCAGCGGCAAGAUCCCCAAAACCUUCAAGAACCUGAAGUCUCUCUUGUUCCUGUCCUUAUCCAACAACAGUUUCGUGGAUUUGUCUGAGGCAAUGAGCGUGCUGCAGCAAUGCAGCAAUCUCUCAACUCUCAUCCUCUCAAAGAACUUUAUGCGCGAGGAGAUACCGAAGGAUGUCACCGGUUUCGAAAACCUCGGGAUCUUAGCGCUCGGAAACUGCGGUCUAACAGGUCGGAUUCCGAGCUGGCUCUUGAGUUGCAAGAAGCUACAAGUUCUUGAUCUUUCUUGGAAUCACUUCUACGGAACCAUACCUCGUUGGAUCGGUCAGAUGGAGAGUCUCUUCUACAUAGACUUCUCCAACAACACCUUAACCGGAGAAAUCCCCGUAGCCAUAACCGAGCUCAAGAGCUUGAUCCAUCUAAACUCCACCGAUUCUCAGAUGAUCGACUCUUCAGGGAUCCCUCUGUACGUGAAGCGUAACAAGAGCUCGAGUGGUCUCCCGUAUAACCAAGUUUCGAGAUUCCCGCCAUCUAUCUAUUUGAACAAUAACCGUCUCAACGGUACGAUCUUGCGGGAGAUAGGACGUUUGAAAGAGCUUCACAUGCUGGAUUUGAGCAGGAACAACUUCACCGGGACGAUACCUGAGUCCAUCUCAGGGCUUGACAAUUUGGAGCUUCUUGAUUUGUCCUACAAUCAUCUCUACGGUUCGAUUCCUCCGUCGUUUCAGAGCCUCACUUUCUUGUCGAGGUUCAGCGUCGCGUAUAACCGUCUCGCCGGCGCCAUUCCAUCCGGAGGUCAGUUCUACAGCUUCCCUCACUCGAGCUUCGAAGGAAACUUGGGGCUCUGUCGCGCGAUUGAUUCUCCCUGCGAUGUUCUGAUGAGUAACAUGCUGACACCGAAAGCUUCUUCGCGUAGUGGUAACAACAAUGGCGGAAAAUUCGGGAGAAGCAGCAUUGUUGUACUAACCAUAAGUCUCGCCAUUGGGAUUACUCUGCUUCUCUCUGUUAUUCUACUGAGAAUUUCAAGAAAAGAUACUGAUGAUCGAAUCAAUGACAUUGAUGAGGAAAUGAUCAGCAGCGAUGUUCCUAAAGCUCCAGGAUCAUCAAAGAUCGUGCUUUUCCAUAGCUGCGGAUGCAAAGACCUGACCGUAGCGGAUCUUCUGAAAUCAACAAACAACUUCAGCCAGGCGAACAUUAUAGGAUGCGGCGGGUUUGGUCUUGUCUACAAAGCGAAUCUGCCCGAUGGCUCGAAAGCAGCGGUCAAGAGGCUUUCCGGCGACUGCGGGCAGAUGGAGCGCGAGUUCCAUGCGGAGGUUGAAGCAUUGUCGCGAGCGGAACACAAGAAUCUAGUCUCUCUUCAAGGCUACUGCAAGCACGGGAACGAUAGGCUGCUUAUCUACUCGUUUAUGGAGAACGGGAGCUUGGACUAUUGGCUGCACGAGCGUGCAGAGAAGCGUGAAGCAGAGCUUAUUGAUGCAACGAUAAGGGACAAUAUUAACGAGAAAGCGGUUUUGGAGAUGUUGGAGAUUGCUUGCAAAUGCAUUGAUCAUGAGCCUAGAGGGAGACCGUUGAUUGAAGAAGUCGUUGCUUGGCUUGAAGAUUGUAGAUCACUGGUUUUGGCUAGAGAAACUUGGGGGUCGUGUUGUGAUGUCUGUAACAAAAAAAUGGCGGCUUUGUUUAUUUCUAAGAGAGGAAUCAUAAACAUUUACAGAGCAUCGCCGAGACACGACAACAACAUUACUCUUCAAUCCUCUCGUCGCUACGCUGCUCAAGGAAGCGAUGGAGUAGAUGCGAGUAUGAACGAGGCGAGACAAGAGGCGAUGGGGACAAGUACAGAUGCUAAAGCUCCAGAUGUUUCAGUCAGCUAUGCAGCGGAUACUGCGAAAGAAGGGUUGAAACGAGCCACCGAUUUGGCCGAGGCCACGGAGGAUGAAGCAACAGAGGUUGCAGGCGGUGAGGACGAGAGUGAAGAGAAUGUGACGGUGGGUGAGAUAGGAACUGUUAAGGGCAAAACCAGUCUUAAAGAUGAGAACAACAUGUCUUUCUUUGUAUUC